AUGGCGGCUACCACGACAACUAAGGUGUUGUCUGUAUUCAGACGGGGGUCCUGCAAUUCGCCAUUCUCUGCUUCUAGGAUUUUAUUUACCGGCAAAAAUCUUCAGGGAAGUAGCAGGAUCCCCCAACUGGUGUGUAUUUGUGGGUCUUACUGUACCAGGGUUAUUAACAGAAAUGAUGCUAGUUUGCGGUACAGAGAUGGCUUACCUGUGUUUUCAGUGCCUUUACCUUCUCGCCAAGAAACAUGUGAAUUUGUUUUGAAGCCAAUAUCACAUACUGUGGGAGAUUUCUUUAAAUUUAUGAAAGAAGAAGACCAUGGCAUUGAUAAUAUAUCAAUAUAUACAAAAGAUCCCAUUGUUUCUGGCGAGUUCAAGGAAUCUGAGGGAAUUAAAGUUGCAAAAUCUACAACAAUAGAUAAUCUUCUAAAAAAUGAAUUCUGGCUUAUAGUAAACAACAGGGAGUACCAUGUAACCCCCCCAGAACCAAACUUCCGGAUAGAUCAUGAAGACUUGGAUAAACUGUCUGAUGUGAAAAUGCUUGUAUCUCAACUGUACAGUGCACUAAACAUUGAACAAUACCAGUUAGAAAGGGAAAGUCAACUCCUACAGAGGUUAGAAGAUCUGAAAGUUCAAUUGGAACCAUUAGAAAAGGUGAAAAGAGACCUAGAGCAACGUGCUAAUAGAAGGACGAAUAUCCUCUCCUGGCUCGGAUUAGGAAUGAUGGGAUUACAGUUUGGAAUUCUUGCCAGACUUACGUGGUGGGAAUACUCCUGGGAUAUUAUGGAACCUGUUACCUACUUUGUUACUUAUGGCACUACUAUGGCCAUGUAUGCUUAUUUUGUUGUCACCAAACAGGAAUACAAUUUCCUUGAGGUUAAAGACCGACAAUACCUGCUGAGUUUCUACAAAAAUGCCCAGAAAAGGCGCCUGGACGUGCGCAAGUAUAACAACUUACGAGAUGCUAUAUCUCAGGUGGAAUACGACCUUCUGCGGUUACGAGAUCCUCUUCAACUACAGCUGCCUAUAGUAAUCAUCCUUGUAUUCUUUACUGUAGCAUCUUGUUGCCACUUACUUACCUCAAUAACAGAUAAUUUCUACUUUUCUUACUACUAA